AUAUCCGAACGUUCACAAGUGGGAUACAAAAACGAGUCAGUACCUACGCUUGACCACCGACGCUCAAUUUUCUGAAGUAACUGGCUGCCGACUUUUGUAACAUGACAUAUAAGAACUAUUCUUUCACAUACAAUAUGUCAUUCUUCAAAAUGGUAUCGGCAACGUCGAUCGAAUAAAAUAGAUAAGAUUUGCUUAGGACUGUUUCGAGUUGAUAAAAAAGAAUCACAAUGACUUCUGCAACGCCUUCGGAAUUCGCUGCAAGCGAAAUGCCUGCUUCGCUAGCUGGGGAAGCGACGCCCGCUGCGCCAGCGACGUCGUUUCCACCUUACCCGCCGUACGCGACGGAGCCUGCGCCCGCGUCGGUGGCCGACGCCAUCGUCGCUGGCCGGGACCUUCGCGUCAUGCACAAGUCACUGCCAAGGAAACCGGUGCGCCCUCCACCAAGACCUGCUAGACCCAGGGGUCCAAAAGCCACCGACGUGAAGUUGUCGCGGGCGGCAAUGCGAGCUCACGCCCGCUGCCUGCGCCGCCACGGGGCCGUGCUGACGGACAGGCUGGAGUACAUGUCGAAGCCCCCGCGACGGUCCAUCAUCUACCUGUGGAGAGAACACGCUCAUACUUUACCUGCGGAGACGAUCGCUCGUCUGCGCGCGAUGCUGGAUGCUGACGAGCCUUUCAAGCCAGAUCAAGCCUACGAGUAUUUCAUCAACCUUAAAAAGACAAGGAAGAGGAAUGCUGCGAUCCGUGUGAACCAGAUCAAGAAGGACGUUUUGGCGAUAUGCGCAGACAAACGUUUCGUUUGGGCGCGCAACGCCACCGUGGCGUUCGCCCGGGGCAUCCAACAGCGGCUGGCAAGGCCCGGACGAUACGCCCUUGCCGACAAAAUGCUAAGACUGUCGAACAUAAUUUUGGGCGAGCUAUGCGGCUGCAUGCACACGAAGCCUCCAUCCCGCAGGAACACCCAUCCUAAAGCUAGAUUCAUGAUGGAGAUGGCCGACAAAGUUGCAGUUUGGAUCGAUGAAAUACUGGCAGAGUCUGAUGAUCGCAUGCUCAUGAUGGACUUCGACGAAGAUGACGAUGUAAUGGAAGCAGAUGCCGCAGGCGGCGGCUAUGGCGACGCAGGAUUCGCCGACGACUUUCUCAAUAUGAUGGGCGAAGGAGGACUUCUCAAAGGACCGUCACCGGCAUAUCUCAAGUUUUCUGGUGAAAUGUUGGAAGCUUUUAUGAUUCUCACUGAUUCGAUGGAAAAGAAAGGGAAUGCGGAGCUUUUGACCCACGGAAAGUUCACGCAGACUUACGAAGAAGGAGCUGAUGAAUUAAAACAAGCAACCAAUUUCGAAGCCCCAGAUAUUGAUACGACUCUAGCUGAAAAGUUACAUACGGACCUGGCGGAAGUCGUAAAGUCUAACACACCGAGCAAAUUGGCAUCAAAUAUGAAAGAGAUGGUUAACAUAUGCGGGAAUUACUUAGCGCAAAAUGCAGAAUAUAAUAAGGAUAAAGGCCCUGCAUUCCGGUUGCUAAUAGAAGCUAUGAAGAAGAAGCCCAAUGAGAAACUAUUUGAGCAAGGGAAAGCUAAACGCACUUACGGCGCUGCUGCGGCUGACCUUCAAAAGGCCAAGGGUCUUGAAACGGAUCACGAUGAGCCCAACCUGUCUCAAGCGAUACACGCUUCCCUGACGAAGACUGUGGAGAGCACCACGCCGCCCGAACUGAAGGCUGAAAUGGCAGAUACUGUGGAUCUCUGUUCAAAGUAUUUGUCUGAGCAGGCGGUAGACGAAAACGAGCGCGGACCAGCCUUUGACCUUCUCAUUGACACAUUAGAGCAUUUGGGAACCGAACCGUUCACCCCCAAUCAUCCUCCAUUGGCAUAUUGCUUUGAGACAGCAUACACCUUGAAAUCAGCCCCCGGUUUGACCGUGAGCAAUCCGGACCCAACAACAGCGCCUAUGUUCAAGGAGGCAUUGCACAAGGCAGUUGACGUCUCCACUCCAAAGAAUCUAAAAAGGGAUAUGGACGAGGUUGUCGACAGAUGCGCUAAUUACUUAUCUGCGUUUGUUCGUGACAGGGAUCUAGCAAUGGGAAAUUUGCUUAAAAUGAUGAAGGCGGCUGGUCCAAAAGAGUUGGUUAAAAGAAAUAAUUUCAGCUUGUCUUAUGGAACCGGAGCUACUGAAAUCGAAACAUCUCCCACUAUAGUACCGUAUUCGCCGAUUAAAGAUGUCUCAAAUGAAAUAAAAGCAAAGUUGACAACCGAUAUGGAGGGCAAAUUUCCACCAAAUCUUGCACUGGCUACAAAAUCGGCUAUUCAAGAUGCUUCUAAGUUCUUGUCACAGGUGGUGGCUUUAAGAAGUGGUAUAGGCGGUUCAAGAUAUUCGAUGAAUUUCUUGGCGGCGGUCAUUCGGUCCUUGGGGAAGAGACCUCUAUUCAAGUACAAGCACUAUGGCCAGACCUACAAAGAAGGCGGAGACACUUUAAAAUACGUUGGUCCCUUAGAACACGACCCUAAGAGCGAUAACUUAAUGUAUGAGAUUUCCGCGGAAAUGGGGAGGGGCGUCCCCUCCAAACUAUCGCCAGGAGUCACAGAAAACGUGAGAGAUACUAUGGGUGACGCUUCGAAACAUUUGGCUAAAGUGGGGAUGGAAAAGGGAAUGGCGUUGGAUCACUUGGUAAAAGUGAUGAGAGAAGACGGCGGCGAUUCUCCCCUGGGACAGUUACAAGGAUACCAGCAGUCUUACAAUGAUGGGGCUAGAAGAAUUGAAAAUGCUCCAUCUUUGCAUAAUGACAAAGUUGACAAAGGCGCGUAUGAAUCUGUGAGAGGUAAACUGACGGAAUUAACUGAGAAACGACCUGCUAAAGAGCACGAAAAACAUAUGGCAGGGAUCGUCGAUGAUGCCUCAAAAUUUUUGGCAGCGCCAUUUCCGGAAACCGAUAAGGAGAAACGUCGGGUGCUAGCUGACCUCAUGGGCCGGCAGGGCGACACCAUCGUAGGCCAAGAAGGGAUUUACAAACUGACGUACACUGAAGGUGGAGAUGAAAUAAUGAAAGCUCCAAUAGGUGUGACAUCAGCCCACGAUGAGUCAAAACGCAAGGCCAUGCUCGGCAAGGUGGAGGGUGUCAUACCCGAGCAGAAGCUAAAGGCUGCGCUUAAAGAUCCGGCGCACGAAGGAGCCGCACAUCUGACUGAUAUUAUAAAAGGAAGAGGAGAAGCAAUGCAAGUUAUUCAUGAUGCGAUGGAUAAAGAGAAAGGGAAGGAAUUCCUCACGAUUGGCAAGUUUAGCGCGACCCAUGAGAAGGCUGCCGAAAUGAUUGGAAAUGCGCCACAUUUUGGAGGUCAACGACCUGCUCCUUUUAUCGAAGAAAAGGUCGGCGAAAAAAUUAAGGCCCUUAAUUUGACUGGAGGCUCGGCUGUUGCCCAGAAGAAUAUGUCUGAAACGGCUGAUAUCACGAAGACCUAUUUGGCGGGAGUCGCGACCAAUGAAAGUGGAUUAGAUCCUAAAGCGUUGGCCGAGAUGGAUCCCUCAAUGAAGGGAAUGCUGGCAGGAUUAGGAGGAAAAGGACGACCUGGCUCUCCAGAAACUGAGGAAGAGCGUCGUAGACGGGAAGCAGAAGAGGCGCGGAUACGGGCAGCGGGGGGAGCCGGUGGAAUCGGAGGGGCGGGGGGUGCCGGGGGAAUCGGAGGGGUGGGAGGAGCGGGGUCAGGCGGCGGCCCGGGCGGGGCAGGAGCGUGGGGCGCAGGGGCAGGCGGGGUCGGAGGUUUUGGUGCAGGAGGAAGUCCAGAUAGCUUAGAAGCGCGCAAACGCAGGGAGGAAGAGGAAAGGAAAAGACGUGAAGCCCUGGCGCGAUCCGGUAAGAAUCUUGACUACUACACUACUAUGCCAUAA